GUCCCGCUAGCCGGCUACACAGUCGGUCACCGUCUCACUUUUAGCAAGUAUCCCACCCUCCUUCCGCUGCGCUAACCUGCUGAGAUUUAUGUCGGGAAAACUCUGCAGACUCUGUUGUUGCAUAGUGACUUUUUCUGCGUAACAUGGCUCCGUAAAAGCCGUAUUUUGUUCCGUAGUAGACCACCGGCUGUUGUGGAGCUCAUAGCUUGUGUUGUACGGAGGCUGCUGUAGGCUAAAAGCUGGUUAGCGGUAGCCCGGAGCUAGCGUGACUAACGUCCGUGUCCGGUCCGUAGCAGAGCGCUGUGGUCCGGAGGGAGGGAGGAAGGAAGGAAGGAAGCCGAUAAAGUGGGAUUUCUGUGCAAGGCUAGCACACUUUGGCACUCCGGAGUUCACACCGUGGCGCAUUUAGAGAAGGUGACUAUCCGCGCAUCCCGUGUGACAUUUGACACUAUUCACUUAAUGAGUUAUGCUACAUGUCGGCGUGGCUAGUUGUUGUUAACGCGUCUGUCGAUUAGCAGACCGAAGCUAGCCUGCUAGCCACGAACUUCCGAAGAAGUUGUGUACGCCGGGUUUGGAUUAGGAUAACUAGUUCCCCGGUGUUUUGAAAGUUACACAGCCAGACUCUUUGACUCUCUUGUACUGGAGCUACCGCAGGAACUCAUGGCAUCGGAUGUGAUUGAGGGCGAAGCCGCACUGAAGGGUGUAAAUGAAAUGAGUUUGAACAAUAGCAGCCCAGAUUUUGUCACACCCCAGAGGACUCAUGAGGAUCUGGGAAACAGACGCACUUCCAGUCCCUCAUCUUCCGGGGUGUCGGGAGAAGACGAGGACUCAAACGAACUGCAGGAUAGCACAGCUUCUACUGUUGAAAAUGGCGAAGAGGCACUCCAAGACAGCCCAACCAAAACAAGAGGCACGCCACCGGAAAGGACAACAACGCCAGACAAUGUGCAGAAACCACCCGGAGAAAAGAGCUCUACCCCGGUGACCCUCCCGCAGCCACGAUCCCCACCUGGCCCCAUUUCAAGCCUCGAGCGCCAGGAGUCAGUCGCCACAACAGAAGCUCGCCUCAGAAUGGAGGGAGUCGAGCUCAAGGAAGAGUGGCAGGACGAGGACUUUCCGCGACCCCUCCCAGAGGAAGAGGAGCUUGAAGAAGAGCUGUUUGCAGGAACCUCUGAAGAAGGAGACCCUGGCUUUGCAGUGAACCAUGGCAAAAAGACCAAGAAAAAACUGGCAGCUCCAGACAUCAGCCUCACACUGGAUCGCAGCGACGGUUCGAUUCUGUCUGAUGAGCUGGACGAAAGCACCGAGCUGGACUUGGAUGACAUCGAGACGCCGUCUGACAACAGCAACGAGUUUGAAUGGGAAGAUGAUCUUCCGAAGCCAAAAACCACAGACCUCCUGCAGAAAGGCGUGGAGACGGUGCAGGAGCUCUCGGCGCUGGAGGAGCGGGAGGAGGGCCGGCGCUGGAGGGUGUUUCGCAUCGGAGACCAGGAGCACAGAGUGGACAUGAAAGCUAUCGAUCCUUACAAGAGAGUCAUCAGUCAUGGAGGUUACUAUGGAGACGGCUUGAACGCCAUAAUUGUGUUUGCCGUGUGCUUUAUGCCUGAGAGCAAUCAGCCAAAUUACAGAUACAUCAUGGACAAUUUAUUCAAGUAUGUUAUCGGCACUUUGGAGCUUUUGGUGGCUGAAAACUAUAUGAUUGUGUAUUUAAACGGGGCGACCUCCCGGAAGAAGAUGCCGACCGUCGGCUGGCUCCGAAAAUGUUACCAGCAGAUCGAUAGGAGGUUACGGAAGAACCUAAAGUCUUUGAUAAUUGUCCACCCGUCCUGGUUUAUACGCACACUGCUGGCUCUCACAAAGCCGUUCAUAAGCUCCAAAUUUACUCAGAAAAUCCAGUACGUGUACAGCUUGGCUGACCUUUCUGAGCUGGUUCCCAUGGAGUACGUGUCGAUACCAGACUGUAUCAAACAGUUUGACGACGAAAAAAAUAAGAAAAGCCGUAAAAGGUAUUCGCUCUUUCACCGAGGGUCAGUCCCCGCAUCCUUUGCAUUCCUUGAAACUAACAAAGAAAUGAUCAGUUGGCUUUCAGAAAUGCACCAAGGCACCUCAUCUUCUUGCAGUUUGGUAGUUGAAUGAUUUUUUUAUUACACUUAUAGCAAAUAAAAUCACGUGGGUUUUUUUUUUUUUUUUUUUUUUUUGAUAAUCAGUGAUCAUGUUAUUUUCAGAGAAAGGUGUCUUGGUGACUGUUUAACCAACUAAAUUUCUUUUCUGAGCCAGCCCUGCGAGGUCCGUCACAAAGCCAGGACCUGCAAAUAGCUUUCUGCUUCACGGUCACAUCAGUCAUGUAGACUUUACUGCAAGACAGAGAAAGGCGUCAUGUUAGGAACCAAUCAGAACAGUGUUGAAAGAGCGAUUGUAGUUCUGCUUUAUGAAACGACAGUUGUAGUACUGAGCUGCACGGAGCCGCACGUCUGAUGAAGGAAGAAAAAAAAAACAGGUUUGAUGUGAAGCUCGUGUUUGUGCGACUGAACUUGAACUACAGGGAAGUAGCUCGUCUUAGUCACUGUGGUGAGUGUGUGUAUGAGUGUGUGUGUGGUGGCACAGUAACCAUGUCCUAACAUGGUUCCCCCUCUGGCUCUCACUGAACACCCGGUUUGUUCACUCUAACAGCUCUUUGCAUGAUUCACUGCAUACCCACUCCCCACUCGUGUUCAGUAAUGGAGCCCUGUCAGCGUUGGUCAUGCACACACACACACACACACACACACACACACACACACCCUGAGGAGGAAUAAAGAGCUGCGUUCAGUUUCUGAGGCGAUGAGUGUGUAGACGCGCAGCUGAGCGUCAAUAGCUUUGUUAAAGCAGAACAAUCCUGACGUUUUCCAGUAAUGAGCGUUAUUCUCUGUAAUAAAACUGUGACUUCUGCUGUCUGACCGGCGCGUGAGGUUAAGCAGCGACUGACAAACCGAUGCUGCAAAUCUGCUUCAGGCUUCACCCACUGACGAUAUGGAAAGAAGCAUCAGGGAUUUUUUAUUUUUUUUUAAAUACUCGUAAAUUUACUAGCUAUUGUUUUAAAAAUGCACAUUUCGUCGACCAGCUUAAUGUUUUUCUCCCUCACAAUCAGUUUUCCAUCCCCAGCGUCCGUGUCGUGACGUCUUUGUAAAAUGCACCUCUGGGUUUGUUGAGUGUAAAAUUUCACUGAAAUUUUCUUCCCUCAAACCUGGUCGAUGGUGUAAAGUGUGCUUGCAGGCAGUGUUAUAAACCGGUGCUCCCGCCACCGUUUAAACAUGCCGCCGACGCUCGCGCUCGAGUCUGACGGC